CGGACCCUGGGCCGCUACGGACCCAGGCGCCUCCACCGGUAUUAUAGUUUCCGCCACGAAGCGCUAGUCCAGGUGGAGGAGGGAGGUGCGUUAGACAGCCCUGCUUCUGCUGAAGUCAGAGGUCCCGCAAACUAACCCUACCGGACCCUGUCCUGCCCGCUGCUCUGGGACGGCCCAGCGCCCUGCUGCCAGAGGGUGUGAGAAGAAACCAUGGAUCCUGCAGCCUUGGUAGAGGCUGUUGUGGAAGAAGUGGCCUGUCCCAUCUGCAUGGCCUUCCUGAGGGAGCCUGUAAGCAUCGAUUGUGGCCACAGCUUCUGCCACAGCUGUCUCUCUGGACUCUGGGAGGCCCCAGGAGAAUCCCAGAACUGGAGUCACACCUGUCCCCUUUGUCGAGCCCCUGUCCAGCCAAGGAAUCUGCGGCCUAAUUGGCAGCUGGCCAGUGUUGUAGAAAAAAUCCGUCUGCUAGGGCUGCGUCUAGAAGUGGGGCUGAAGAGUGAUGUGUGUGAGCUCCAUGGGGAACAGCUAAAGAUGUUCUGCAAAGAGGAUGCCCUGGUUACAUGUGAAGCCUGCAGUCGGUCCCCAGAGCAUGAGGCCCACAGCAUCGUGCCCAUGGAAGAUGUGGCCUGGGAAUACAAGUGGAAACUCCACGAGGCUCUGGAACAUCUGGGGAAAGAACAAGAAGAGGCCUUGAAACUGGAAGUUGUCGAGAGGAAGCGAACUGCUAACUGGAAGAUACAAGUGGAAACCCGAAAACAAAGUAUCAUGUGGGAGUUUGAGAAAUAUCAACGAUUACUAAAGAAAAAACAACCUCCAGGUCGGCAGCUGGAGGUAGAGGCCGCCACGGCUCUGGCCAGCCUAGAACAAGAGGUGGAGGAAACAAUGCAGAAACUGAAGUUGAAUCAUGAUCAGCUUAUCCAGCAGAGCCGGGUCCUAUGGAGAAUGAUUGAAGAGCUGGAAGAGAGAGCUCAGAGGCCUGUCCGCUGGAUGCUGCAGGGUAUUCAGGAAGUCAUAAACAGGGGCAAGUCUUGGAGCCUACAACAGCCAGAACCAGUCUCCUUGGAGCUGAAGACAGAUUGCCGUGUGCUGGGACUAAGAGAGACCCUGAAGAUGUAUGCAGCUGAUGUGCGCCUGGAUCCAGAUACAGCCUACUCCCGCCUCAUUGUGUCUGAGGACAGAAAAUGUGUGCAUUAUGGAGACACCAAGCAGAAACUGCCAGACAAUCCAGAGAGAUUUUAUCGCUAUAAUAUUGUCCUGGGCAGCCAAUGCAUCUCCUCAGGCCGACACUACUGGGAGGUGGAGGUGGGAGACAGGUCUGAGUGGGGCCUGGGAGUGUGUAAGGAAGACGUAGAUAGGAAAGAGGUAGUCUACUUAUCCCCCCACUAUGGCUUCUGGGUGAUAAGGCUGAGGAAUGGAAGCGAGUACCAGGCAGGCACCGACGAAUACUCUCUCCUGUCUUUGUCAGUCCCUCCACGUCGGGUGGGGGUCUUCUUAGAUUAUGAGGCCCAUGAUAUCUCAUUCUACAAUGUGACUGAUGGUGGCUCCCACAUUUUUACUUUCCCACGCUAUCCCUUCCCCAGGCCCCUUCUGCCCUAUUUCAGUCCUUGCUACAGCAUUGGGGCCAACAACACUGCCCCUCUGACCAUCUGCUCCCUGGAUGAGGGGGAGUAAAUGAGCAAUCAGCCUAGCCAGAGGCCUCUGAAUGUGACCUGGUCUACAGUGGUCUUAGAGGUUCCUCCCACCGACAAGUGUCCCUUUGAACAGAGCUGAGCCUGGAAUCCAGGAAUUCUGCCUGACCCAGUGGUCUCUUGCUACUAAGUCAAAGUCUGUCACUAAACUGCUCACAUAAAAAAAACAGAGGUUUAGACAAGUGCACGUGGCUCCUAUGAGAGAGAGAUGUCAGGACUACCUGACCACCCACCGCCAUCCCCUCUUAGAGCAUGAACUGGGCAGAUCACUGUCUCUCACCCCUCAGAGGGGGAUGGCCAUGCCACAGUCCCUUCUCCUCCGUUCUCCUCUCGGGAUCCUAGGCACGC